AAAAAAAAAAAUCAACACAGAAGCGUCCGCACCUCCGCACCACAGCCGCUGCAGCUUCAGGAAAUACUCUGCAAAAAUGAGUGAAUCGCUGGUGGUGUGUCAGGUCGACCAGGACUUGGUGAAAAAACUGAAUGAUUUUCGUUUCCGCAAAGAGACAACAAAUGCUGCCAUCAUCAUGAAAAUUGACAAAGACAAGCAGCAGGUUGUUUUGGAGGAGGAGUACGAGGAUAUUUCACCAGAGGACCUGAAGGACGAGCUACCCGAGAGACAACCCAGAUUCAUUGUCUACAGUUACAAGUAUGAACAUGAGGACAAGCGUGUUUCUUACCCUCUGUGUUUCAUUUUCUCCAGUCCAGUUGGAUGCAAACCUGAGCAGCAGAUGAUGUAUGCUGGAAGCAAAAAUGAGUUGGUGAGAGCGGGGAAACUGACCAAGGUGUUUGAGAUCAGAAACACAGAGGACCUGACGGAGGAGUGGCUUCGGAGUAAACUGGGAUUUUUCCGUUAAUUUUUUCUGUUUUGGAAAUUUGAAAUCCUCCACCAGACCUGCUCUCAAUAGAGUUACAGUCAAAUUCACACUUAGGCCCCUGUGGUCCAUUUCAAACCACAUUUGAAGCAGUGGUUUGGGUGAGGUUAUUGUGCCAAUUUGGGAGUUUAAAUGAAAAGAAUGACUAAGAAUAUUAAAACAACAUAUUUUCAAGCUGCUGGAUAAGCAGUUAAUUUUUAGUAUAAAACAAGUACUAAAUGAUUUGAACUUGGACUUAACUAAACCAGAGACUUUUAUUACUACUACUACUACUACUACUACUAGCUCAGUCCCUGUUAUCUUGGCCUAUAUGUCAUCAGAGGCAUAAUACUCCCUAAAACAUAACUAAAUUAUUUGAACUUGGGCUUAAUUAAACCGGAGACUAAACCUCGAUCAAACUAAAGUAGUUCUAAAGCAAACAUAAAA